UUUUUUUGUCUGCCUAACCUAGAAAUUUAUCGAAACUAUUUUUUUAAUAUACUGACCAAAUUUAGUACUCUAAAUCUUUUUCGUUCAUAUCUCUAUUCAAUUUGAGGACAAACUUUAAAACCAGUUUAAAUAGGAUGAGUACUGGUGAAGUCUCUAGUGAUCACGAAGAUGAUGAACGUCUUGCUAUUAAAAGUGAGAUAUCUUCGUUAUCAUUUGAAGACCUUCAAAAACUGAAAGAGAAAAUAGGUGCAAAAGUCUACAAGGAAGUGGUAUUUGGAAAGAACUAUAGUUCGCCUAAAGUAAAGACAUUUAAAAGAGAAAAUAAAAAUAGACCUCGAGAAAUGAGUUCAAAAAAACCAGUACCUUUCAUGCGUGAUGUACUACCAGCUAUCAAAAGGAAAGAAAUUCGUGAUCCAAGGUUUGACCCAUUAUGUGGCUCAUUUGAUAAAAAGGAAUUCACAGAAAACUAUAAUUUCUUGUCUGAAAUACGGUCUAAUGAUGUGAAAGCUAUUAAAGCCGAAUUGAAGGAGACUACAGAUCCUGAGAAACAGCAAAAGUUGAAGAGAUUAUUACAAAGAUUAAAGGAACAACAGAGAACUACAACUAAAGAAAAAAUUGAGACUGAUAAGAAAAGUAGCUAUAGACACAGUGUAGAAGAAACUUAUUCUCAAGGAAAACAACCACAUUUCAAAAAUAAAUCUGAACGACGUGUGGAAUCCUUGGUAGAGCAAUAUGAACAAUUAAAAAAGGAAGGAACAGGACGAAUUCAGAGACAUUUAAAGAGGCGUCAACAAAAAAUAAAAAAACGUUCUCAAAAAGCACCUACAGCCUUGUAAUAAAAUGAACUUUGCCAUUACUAACCUCUUACUCCCCAAGCGGUCGCAUGCGACCGCGCCAAAUGUCAAAAGCUAUGUUUGUUUUUUUAAUAUUUAUUAUGAAAAUUUUGUUUUGUUGAUCAAACAGUAUACUUCAUGCUCUUCAUACACUUACAUGCUCAGACCAAACUUAUAUGUAUCAAUAUUCGAGAGCAUCAAGCAUCGAGAUUCAAGGUGCUAAAUUAUAUUUUACACUAGCUUGCAGUGUU